GGAAGCCGAAACAGUUCCUGCCGCAGAUGGUGUGGAGUCAGAACCGGUGGUUUCUUGAGCUUGCCCUGUCCCUUUUCCAGGCUGAUUGUUAAUACAAUGACACGUGCAAACAUUGGACAGCUUCACUGCUUGAAUCAAAUCAUGUAGGAUUUGAAAGUAUAAGAGCGUUGUUCCUGCCUUUGUGCCACGUCACUUCCUCUUGACCAUAACCUUUUUAUUGCUGCUUUCUUUGAUACCCAAUCGCUUGAUAGAUAUACAUCAUGGCUUCCAUAGAUGUAGAGGAUGUGCUCUCGAAGCUCACAGAGAGGGAGAAGAUUUCAUUGCUCGCAGGAAUUGACUUCUGGCACACUCAACCUAUUCCCAAACAUGGCGUUCCCUCACUUCGACUCUCAGAUGGACCCAAUGGUGUCCGCGGCACUCGCUUCUUCAACGGCGCGCCAGCAGCUUGCUUCCCCUGCGGCACCGCCCUAGGCGCAACUUUCGACACCGCUCUCCUCGAGGAAGCCGGCCGCCUGAUGGGCCAAGAGGCUCUCGCAAAAGGCGCCCAUGUAAUCCUCGGUCCUACAAUAAACAUGCAGCGCUCACCCCUCGGCGGCCGCGGCUUUGAAUCCAUCGGCGAAGACCCUGUACUAGCUGGUUUGGGAUCCGCAGCUCUCGUGAAGGGAAUGCAGGAGAACGGCGUGGUGGCUACUAUCAAGCAUUUCGUGGGUAACGAUCAGGAGCAUGAGCGUAACAGGGUAGAUUCCAUCGUUACCGAGAGAGCGUUGAGGGAGAUCUACCUGAUGCCUUUCCAAUUGGCCGUGAGAGAUGCUUACCCCAAGUCUUUUAUGACUGCGUACAACAAGAUCAACGGCACGCAUGUUAGCGAGAACACCAGAAUCUUAAAGGAUAUCUUGAGAGGAGAGUGGGGAUGGAAGGGCUUGGUCAUGUCGGACUGGUUUGGUGUAUACUCAACAUCUAAGUCUAUCAUCGCUGGCCUGGAUCUGGAGAUGCCUGGUCCCACUCGAUUCAGAGGAGAAGCCCUGGUCCACGCCUCGACCGCAAACAAGAUUCCCGCUGGCGUCAUCGAUGAGAGAGCAAGACAAGUGCUGGAGCUGGUCAACGAGUGCGCUGCAUCAGGCGUUAAGGAGAAUGCUGAGGAGACUACCAACGACACACCGGAAACAUCAGCUUUGCUGCGCAGACUUGCUGCCGAAUCAAUCGUGUUGAUGAAGAAUGAGGGUGACAUCUUGCCGCUCAAGAAGGACAAGAAGAUUCUGGUCAUUGGUCCCAACGCAAAGGCCGCGACCUACUGUGGUGGCGGUUCUGCUUCUCUACGACCUUACUACGCCAUCACUCCUUACGAAGGCAUUGUGAACAAGGUCGGCGAAGACAACGUCGACUUCAGUAUCGGCGCCUACUCUCACAAGGAAAUGCCCAGCUUGGGAGCAGAAUGGAGAACAACAGCCGGUGAGGAUGGCGAGCAUGGAGCACUCUUCAAAGCCUACAAUGAACCUCCGGAGGACAAGAAGCGCGAAUGUGUGGACGUCCUUGGACCUUUCACAAGCACAUCUAUGAUGUUCAUGGACUACAAGAACCCGAAACUCAAGUCUGGACUCUGGUACGCUGAUAUCGAGGCAUACUAUACAGCCGACAGAGACGGCGACUAUGAACUCGGUGUCUGUGUGUACGGAUCAGCCAAGGUCUACAUCAAUGAUGAGCUCGUUCUCGACAUCACCGAGAACCAACGUCAAGGUUCUGCCUUCUUCGGUCUCGGUACCGAUGAAGACAUCUGCGCCGUACCCAUGAAGAAGGGACAGACCUACCACGUUCGUCUGGAGUUUGCUAGCGCACCCACCAGCAAGUUGACGGGAGGUAGUGUCGACUUCGGUGGCGGUGCUGUUCGUAUCGGAGGUGCCUGGAAGAUUGACGCUGAUGAGGAAGUUCGCCGUGCCGCCGAGCUCGCAAAGUCGGCUGAUCAGGUCCUCGUCUGCGCAGGUCUUAACAUGGACUGGGAGAGUGAAGGAUUCGACAGACCAGACAUGAAGCUACCGGGUCAUCUAGACCGCCUCAUCUCUGCAGUUGCAGAGGCCAACCCUCGCACAGCAGUUGUACUUCAGAGUGGCACUCCAGUCGAGAUGCCCUGGUUGAGCAAGAUCCCUGCUGUACUUCAAGCCUGGUACGGUGGUAACGAAACCGGCAACGGUAUCGCAGAUGUCGUCUUCGGCGAUGUCAACCCCUGCGGUAAGACUUCGCUGUCUUUCCCGAUCAAGAAUGAAGACAACCCUGCAUUCCUCAACUACCGCUCCGAAGCCGGUAGAGUACUAUAUGGCGAGGAUGUCUACGUUGGAUAUCGCUACUACGAUACUCUUGGUCGCCCCGUCGCUUUCCCCUUCGGUCACGGUCUCUCCUACACAAGCUUCAGCUUCGCCUCGCUCCAAAUCCAAACAUCCUCGGACGAUCUCACCGCCAAAGUCACCAUCAAGAACACAGGCAAGGUCUCAGGUGCACAGGUCGCACAACUCUACAUCUCACCCCUCUCACCCUCCAUCCGCCGCCCCACAAAAGAGCUCAAAGCCUUCAACAAGGUCUUCUUGCAACCUGGAGAAGAAGAGGUUGUUGAAUUGAAGGAAUCUCUGAAGUACGCCACCAGUUUCUGGGACGAGAGCAGAAAUGCAUGGGUCAGUGAGAAGGGUAAAUACAAGGUCAUCGUCUCUGAUAGCAGUGCUAUCGGCGAGGGUGCUGUUGAGGAGACUUUUGAGGUCGAGAAGACGAAGUGGUGGAAUGGGCUCUAGAUUAUUUUGCUCUUCCAGGUUACUCUCCCAGGUUACUUUUCAGGUAGGUUUUGGGAUUGAUAGAUUCAUCAAUUUUACUUCUCCAUGAUCAAAUUUUGAGGACGAAGUGCAGAUGGGCUUUCUGGUGAUACAGCAUGAAAAGGUUGUACCGUUGCCGUAUCUCAAUGCCAGCGCCGGCCUCAAAAUAUAUCUAUCAAAAUGCAC